GGAGGUGCCCAUACCAUGGCUCCUACAAAGCAGACUGCCCGCAAGUCCACUGGUGGUAAAGCACCCAGGAAACAACUGGCUACUAAAGCCGCUCGCAAGAGUGCGCCCUCUACUGGAGGGGUGAAGAAACCUCAUCGUUACAGGCCUGGUACUGUGGCACUCCGUGAAAUCAGACGUUAUCAGAAGUCCACUGAACUGCUGAUUCGCAAGCUCCCCUCCCAGCGUCUGGUGCGAGAAAUUGCGCAGGACUUCAAAACAGAUCUGUGCUUCCAGAGUGCAGCUAUUGGUGCUUUGCAGGAGGCAAGUGAGGCCUAUCUGGUUGGCCUUUUUGAAGAUACCAACCUGUGUGCUAUCCAUGCCAAACGUGUAACAAUUAUGCCAAAAGAUAUCCAGCUAGCACGCUGCAUACGCGGAGAACGUGCUUAAGAGUCCACUAUGAGGGGAAACAUUUCAUUCUCAAAAUUUUUUUUCCUCUUCUUCCUGUUAUCAGUAGUUCUGAAUGUUAGAUAUUUUUUCCAUGGGGUCUAAAGGUACCUAAGUAUAUGAUUGCGAGUGGAAAAAUAGGGGACAGAAAUCAGGUAUUGGCAGUUUUUCCAUUUUCAUUUGUGUGUGCAUUUUUAAUAUAAA